AUGCCCAGUAGCACUCUCUGCUACAACCUCUACUUCUGCAACAACUACAUCAGCAACAAGCACUACUCAUUCCACUACAAGACCCAGUUCUACUCUCACAGAUGCCUCCACAUCAAGCUCUACAAGCUCUUCAACACUUUCUACUACCCAGAAGGUGACUUCAACAGUAACUACUACCUUUUCUACUACAAAACCUAUUACCAGUACGCCUCCACAUCAAGCUCUACAAGCUCUUCAACACUUUCUACUACGCAGAAGGUGACAUCAGCAGCAACUACUACUGAUUCUACUACAAAUCCUGUCACCAGUGUACCACUGAGCACUUCCACACCAACAACUAGUGCUUCUUCUUCAACUUCCUCUACCCCAGUGGCCACAUCAACACAAACCACUACUGAGAUCACUUCCACAACAACAUCUACAAGCUCUUCAACUCCUUCUACUACCUCGAAGGUGACAUCAGCAGUAACUACUACAGAUUCUACUACAAAACCUAUUACCAGUGUAAUACUGACCACUUCCACACCAACAACUAGUACUACUUCUACAACUACCAUUACCCCAACUGCCACAUCAACACAAAAAACUACUGAGAUUACUACAACAAGGCCCAGUAGCACUGUCACAUCAACAACUAGCAGCUCUGCUACAACUUCCACUUCUGCAACAACUACAUCAGUACCAACUACCACUGAUACUACAACUACCAGCACCACUGCAACUCCCAGCACUUCCACAGCAACAACUAGUACUUCUUCUACAACUACCACUACCCCAACGGCCACAUCAACACGAAGCACUACUGAUAUUACUACAACAAGCCCCAGUAGCACUGCCAUAUCAACAACUAUCAGCUCUGCUACAACCUCCACUUCUGUAACAACUACAUCAGCAACAAGCACUACUCAUUCCACUAUAAGACCCAGUUCUACACGCACAUACGCCUCCACAUCAAGCUCUACAAGCUCUUUAACACUUUCUACUACCCAGAAGCAGAUCCACUACAACCUCCACUAUGCCAACAACUACACCAACAUCAAGCACUACUCAUUCCACUACAAGACCCAGUUCCCCUUUGACAGUGAUGACUUCCACAACAGGAUCUACAAGCCCUUCAACAAUUUCUACUACCCAGAAGGUGACAUCAACCCCAAGCACGACUGA